UCUCCAUCAAAGCAAAAGAUCUCUCUCAGAUCAAUCUAACAGAGAUCUCUCCUUCUCAGAUCAACAAUGGGAUCUCUACCACCGCCACAUCUCGACUUCUCCUCCGCCAAUCACGGCAACGAACAUCACCACCACCAAGAAAUCUCCAAAGACAACCUCCUCGCCCUCUUCAAAUCCCAGCAAGAUCUCCUCAACUACUUCUUCAAACACCUCGACCUCUCCCAAACCCUCGACUUCUCCCGCAUCCUCCUCUCCACCUCCGGCACCGUCUUCUUCACCGGCGUCGGCAAAUCCGCCUUCGUCGCCAACAAAAUCUCCCAGACCCUGAUCUCCCUCAGCUUCCGCUCCUCCUUCCUCUCCCCUCUCGACGCGCUUCACGGCGACAUCGGCGCUCUCUCCUCCCGCGACGUUCUCGUCCUCUUCAGCAAGUCCGGCUCCACCGAGGAGCUGCUCCGUCUCGUCCCCUGCGCUAAGGCUAGGGGAGCCUUCUUGGUGUCUCUCACCUCCGUCCCUGCGAAUCCGCUCGCUGGAGUUUGCGAUAUGAAUGUGCAUUUGCCGUUACAGAGGGAGUUGUGUCCGUUUAAUCUCGCUCCGGUGACGUCUACGGCGAUCCAGAUGGUGUUUGGGGAUACCAUUGCGGUUGCGCUCAUGGCGGCUAGGAAUCUAACGAAGGAGGAGUAUGGCGCUAAUCAUCCCGCCGGUAGGAUCGGCAAGAGCUUGAUUUUCAAGGUAAAGGAUGUUAUGAAGAAGAAAGAAGAGCUUCCGGUUUGUAAAGAAGGAGACUUGAUAAUGGAUCAGUUAGUUGAGCUAACCAGCAAAGGAUGUGGGUGUUUGCUUGUGGUUGACGAACAUCAUCGCUUGAUCGGUACAUUCACAGAUGGAGAUCUUCGCAGGACUCUUAAAGCAAGUGGAGAAGCAAUCUUCAAACUCAGCGUUGGAGAAAUGUGCAACAGGAAGCCGAGGACGAUUGGACCGGAAACAAUGGCUGUUGAAGCGAUGAAAAAGAUGGAGUCACCGCCAUCGCCCGUACAGUUUCUACCGGUGGUUAAUGAAGACGACACCUUGAUUGGAAUUGUAACAUUGCAUGGUUUGGUUUCAGCUGGUCUCUGAAUACGAAGCUGCCUCUUAUGUCCGAGUUUCUACACAUAAGUUCAUUCUUUUUACGUUGGUGUAUUGUUGCUGAUAUUCACAGCUAGUGAAUGAUUGUAUUGUGCCUAUUAGUACACUCCCAUGUAAUGUACUCUCUUAAACGUGUACGUAAAAUAUGUAUAGAGUAUAAGAAUAUUCUUAUAUUUUUUGUCCUCUCA